AUGCUGCCGCGGGCCUGGCGCGGUGCGGGGACUCGCCCGUUGCUGCUGGCGCUGCUGCUGCUGCUGCAUCUGCCCCAGGGCGGCGGCCACAGAGCCGCGGGGCCGCGGUUUUUAAUAAGUGACCGUGAUAGAGACCCUCAGUGCAACCUGCACUGCUCCAGGUCCCAGUCCAAGCCUCUCUGUGCCUCCGAUGGCAGAACAUACGAGUCGAUGUGUGACUACCAGAGAGCUAAGUGCCGGGAAUCAAAUCUGAGCGUGACACAUCGUGGCCGGUGCAAAGAUGCUGGCCAAAGCAAGUGUCGAUUAGAGAGAGCUCAAGCACUGGAACAGGCAAAGAAGCCUCAGGAAGCAGUCUUCAUCCCAGAAUGCAAUGAAGAUGGAUCAUUCACACAGGUGCAGUGCCAUACCUACACUGGAUACUGUUGGUGUGUGACACCUGAUGGGAAGCCUAUUAGUGGCUCUUCUGUACAGAACAAAACUCCUACCUGUUCAGGUUCUGUAACUGAUAAACCGUCAAGCCAGGGUAACUCAGGAAGGAAAGAUGAUGGUUCGAAGCCAACACCAACCAUGGAAACCCAGCCUGUUUUUGACGGAGAAGAAAUCACAGCACCCACCCUUUGGAUUAAGCACUUGGUCAUCAAAGAUUCCAAACUAAACAGCUCCAAUAUAAGGAAUUCAGAGAAAGUUCACUCAUGCGACCAGGAAAGACAGAGCGCCCUGGAGGAGGCGAGGCAGAACCCUCGAGAGGGUAUCGUCAUCCCUGAGUGUGCUCCGGGAGGGCUGUACAAACCAGUACAAUGCCACCAGUCAACUGGAUACUGCUGGUGCGUCCUGGUGGACACGGGACGUCCCUUGCCUGGUACUUCUACUCGCUAUGAGACCCCGGUAUGUGAAAGCGAUGCCAGAUCGAAGAGCACAGAGAUUGAUGAUCCAUUCAAGGACAGAGAACUUCCAGGCUGCCCGGAAGGGAAGAAAGUUGAGUUUAUUACCAGCUUACUUGAUGCACUCACUACGGACAUGGUACAGGCUAUUAACUCAGCAGCACCUGCUGGGGGUGGGAGGUUCUCUGAGCCAGACCCCAGCCACACGCUGGAGGAGCGAGUGGUGCAUUGGUACUUCAGCCAGCUGGAUAACAACAGCAGCAAUGACAUCAACAAGCGGGAGCUGAAGCCCUUCAAGCGUUAUGUGAAGAAGAAAGCCAAGCCCAAGAAAUGUGCUCGACGUUUCACUGAUUACUGUGACCUCAACAAGGACAAGUCUAUCUCACUGCAGGAGCUGAAGGGCUGCUUGGGAGUAAGCAAGGAAGGAGGUAGCCUGAGCAGUUUCCCCAGUGGAAAAAGACAAGGCCUUAACCCCUUCAUAGGCCGCCUGGUGUAGGAGCAGAAGAGGGGAAGGCAAGAGCCGACCCAAAGGAAAGAAAGAUGCAGCAACAGACGGACAGACACCUUGCUGCUUGUGAGCAAGCAUGCAGCAUCAGCAACAUCCAACGUAGCAGAAGUGGCACCCAGAACGUUUGCACUUUUUAAUAAUUGGUUUGGGUUUGGGUAUGUUUUUAAUCUCUUCUCAAUGCCAUUAUCUAAUACUUUGGAGGGGGGAGGAACGACAGGAUCAAGACUUUCUAAAAUUGGAACAGCUACUGACGACUUAAAAUUGAGUUCACUGGGACUCAGAGAAAGAGAUUUUUAUAUACUGUAUAUAAAUAUAUAUGUAAAUUGUACAGUUGUCUUGUACAGGGGUUGGAGUCACUGUUCUGUCUCUCACUUUGGUUUUGAAGGCUGUUAGAGGGACACUUUGCAUUUAACAGAUUAUAGUAAUGCAAUGAUUUCGGCCACCAAGCCAUCCUUUAUGUACAAACUGAUCUCCUUAACAUCCCCAUAAACAUAGGAACAAGCAUAUCAGCAUGACUUGUUUUAACAGAUGUUCAUACAGUGCCACAGCCAGAUAGCGAAUGCUUCCUGGGAGCAGCUGAACCUCAUCAGUUCUAAGUGCAAAGCCAUUUGCAAUGUGCAGGUGCUGGGUUUUUGAGAAAGCAUAGAUUACACCUAAUUAUUGGUGCUCUGCAGAGCUGCUUAAAGUAGGCAUAGAGGAGGAUUUUAUUAAGGAAAUACAAGGGUAGUUUCGGCACCUGUUGCAAUUUGGGUAGAAAUGAAUUGCAAAUGCAUUCCUGUCCAGACUCAGAAAACAUACUUGGCAAAUAUUUGCCAUGUCUGGGGAAUUUAACACUGUAAAGACAUGGGAACUGUAGGCCCUAGUAAAGUCAACAGAAUGAAGUCACAAAUCUUCCUCUUUGAAAAGGUGUUCAGUUAGACGAUAUAUAACAACAAAAAGAUUGAAAAGUCUGUCAAAAACAUCAGGCUCCCUAUUGCUUUGCUGGAGACCUAAGAACAUAUUUGUCAGUGCAGAAAGACACAAUCAUGCUGCUGGUCCCCAAAGGUCUGAUUUACAUGCAUUUCAAUUUUACAGCUUGGGCUGUGCUCACUGGUAAAGGCUUGCUUGCAGUAACAGUUCCUGCCUUUGCUGGUUAUGAAUCCCAAGCUCCUCUCCUGCUCAGUGAUAUGCCUGUCUAGCUUACAGUACCCUUCACCUGAUUUUCUGGAAUCAGUACCUCCUAUGUUUUUACUGCAGUGUCACUUUAAAAUGGCAGUAAAUGACUGGAUUGAAGAGCCUAGUGCUCUUGGAGGCCACAGGUGCUUUUUCAACUACCAACCAUUUUUUUCCAAAGUUAUUGUUGUCUUAAUCUUAGAUGCAAUUGUGAAAUCCACAAUGUGGGCAGGGACACCCAUAUUAGCUGCACUAGGUUCGAGCAGAGUGGGUAGUGUGUGAGGGGAAGCAUGGCAUUCUGCUUUGUGCGUUUCCAACCUCUGGCAGCACUGUUGCCUAUUUGUAGGGGAUGUUCAGAGCAGCUUUCCCCUUCCCACCUGGGAAUCCUUGUGCCACUCAUCUCUGAACCAAGAAACUGCAGUCAGAGAUGGCAUCAUGCCAUGCUAAUAUUAUGGGAUUGCUCCAGCAAUUGUUGUAACAGCACUGCAUUACUGUAGAGGUGGAGCUUGCCCUGUAAGGCUUUGCUGCUUUGGUAAAAGUAGUUGUGGCACAACAUCUUCAUGCUGUGGGAUGUCGCUGCGAUGAUAGCAUGAGAGAAACAUCACAGCAAGCAUGUCCUGAUACAGCAAGUUAGAGCCAUGUUGCCAAAACUGAAAGUUUAAGAGAAUUAACAAUCUUUAAAUAACUGUUUAUAAUAAUAACAACUCUUCCCCUGGGAAGUAAAUUGGAACUGAUUAAAGUGUUUGACAGGAUUGAGAACACUUUCGUGAUCUCUGAGGUGUGCGUUUCACCAGCACAAUGUACAGAAAAAUUCUCUUCUUUAACAAGAGCAGCUCCUGCUGCUGGAUCUCUAUGGUACCUCACAUAAAAUAGAUGUGUUUUUGUGGCCUACCACCUCCCAUAUUCUCAAUUGCAUUGUCUCUUUUAAAUACCUUGAACAUGUUCUCUGGGUGGUGAAAUGAUUUGGUUUAGCAUAUAAUUAUAAAUGUCCCUGUCAUUCACUAAUUCUAUUGUAGAAAGGAAAAGUGAACACAACUGUAUAUAUAUAU